CCGACUUCGGCUAAAAAAAUGUCAACGAAAAGUAAAAGUGAUAAUGUUAUCGAGGGAGAAAAUGAUUUGUUGGUCAUUGCAAAAAAAAUAAGUGGUUACAAUAGAACAGUUCUUGUUACGACGGUUAAUGAUGCUUAUUUACCGUUUACAUAUAGCUGGCUGUGUAAUACAAAAACUAUGGGAAUUCAUAAAUCAGUCUUGAUCAUCACGUUAGACCAAGUGUCAAAAGAGAAUCUCACGCAGGAUUGGCCAGAUAUAAGUGUGGUAGCGAUGAAUAUGCAAUUACACGGCGACCAGACGUACAGUAAGGUCGGAUACAUUAAAAUCAUGAUAAAAAGAACUGAAUUGAUUCUUUCGUUACUUAUGGCAAAUAUAGAAGUAUUCCUGUUUGAAGUAGAUUCUUUAUGGUUAUCAAACCCUGUGCCAGAUUUACAAAAGAUAAAGGGUUUUGAUGUUCUAGUCAACCCUGUAGCAAGAACAAACACUAGAGUGUUUGCCGGGGGAUUUCUCUGGUUAUGUGUUACAGACAAGGCAAAGGCUUUGUGGAGAAAACUUGAAGAAGAGAUGAUCGCACUUGGGGAGCGAAUAAGCCAGAAGUUAGACAACGCACCAGUUUCUGAAAGGGAAAAUGAUCAACAAUUCUUCUCUAGAUUGAUCAGAGAAAAGUAUAAGAAUGUGAGUUACAAGAUUUUACCAUUGGAAAUUUAUGCUGAUGGACAGUGGUAUAACUUACCAGAAGGCACACGAAAACAUUCUCGUCCUAUCAUCAUAAAUAACAACUGGGUUAGAGGUAACGAGGCAAAAAUAAGCCGUGCCAAGAAAUGGAAACACUGGUUUAUAGAUGAUAACCUUAACUGUGAUAUGGAUCUAGUCUCAAAGACAGUCUAUAAAUAAAGGUGGUAAAUCAUGGACAAACUUCCCCUCACAUCACUUUCUAGUCGAAGAACAUUUGCACAUGUUGCUUUUAU